AAGCACAAUGCCGGCUCUGGCUCUGCUUUCCUCAUUCCACACCUUGCCAAACGUGCACGCAGAAAGGAGAGGCGCAACUUAGGCAGCAUCGCCCCUGGCGGCUUUGCCGACGGUGGUGGUGGGGUCGGUAGCGGUACAGAAGAGGACAAUGAGGAUUCUUGGCCAUAUUCAGGUGAGCGGCUCUCCCCUCCUCUCUCCCCCUUUUCCGCUUCUCUGAACGCUUGACAACGCUGAAUUGCAGAGAUUGGCCAGGCGCUGCUCAAGAAGCAUGACGAAGCUGUAGCGCGCUCCGCCAAAAUCGAAACAGACUACGGUGCGCAGCGCGAUGCUCUGAUGAGUAAGCUGUCCUCCAGCAUCAAAGAGUCCUCCUCGCUGCAACGCCAACUUGCGCAAUCCAACUUGAACCUGGAAGCAGCCGACUCGUCCAACCGCAUUCUGCUGCAUGAACUCGACGAAGUCCGCAAUGCACUUUCCAAAACGCGAAAAGAGCAUGCCAAGUGCGCGCUCACCGUGGCGAGAGCCGAAAAGCUCAGCAAGGAGCUCGAAGAUGUCCGGCAAGAGAGCAUCGCCAUGCGCAAACGCGAAGAGGCAAGCACUUCGCUCGCUAAGCGCAUCGGCAGGCGCAAUGAAGAGCUUGUCGAGCAGCUGAAGCGCAAGGUGGAAGAGCUCGAGGUGCUCAGCCGCAGGGACCGGCCAGUAGAUGUCGGCAGCGACGCAAUAGAGCGCGCAAAGGAGCGCCUGCGCAUGGGUGCAGAUGUUCGUGGCAGCGGUGGCGCAAAGGUUAUGCGAGCAGAAAUGGAAGCGACUGAGGAUGCAUACCAGGAAAUGCUGCAGAUGUUAGUACAGGAGAGCGAAUCUCUCAAGGAAGAGAAUCGCUAUCUGAAAGAGAUGCUCGAGGCCAAGAACGAAGAGACCGCCGUGCUCAAGGAGGCACAGAUGCCACGCUCAUUUGGAUCCACGCACGGCGCUCAUCGACGCAGCCUCAACUUGGCGACUUCAGCCAGCGUCGCUUCGCCUACCACUGUGUAUUCGCCUGCUGCGACCGCAUACAACGACAGUGCACCGCUUGGAGAUGAACUGAUGGCUGCCGCGGCUACUGCCCAUACCGUGUCAAGUGCGGUUGGUCAGCAGCAGCAGCAGAAAAGGACGGACAGUCCAAAGCCGGCACUGCUCGUGUCACCGCCCAGUCGCACUUCCUUGCUGCCCGAUAUGCCGAGAGCGCCAACACUGGCGUCCAAUGCAAGCGACCGCAGCUCAACCAAGGAGAAGGAAGGUGGCGACGACGACUCAGAAUAUGCAGCAGGUACUGGUGUUGCUGCAGCUGCUGCCUCUCCUGCUCCAGCGCAGACGCAGGCGCUGUCCGACUUGUCCUCGCAGCUCUCCCGCAAGGGCUCUCUCCUCCCUCGCAGUGGAGAGAAAGACACGCGCACGCAGCAGCUGAGCAACCUGCUCGACUCUGUGCAGCGCCUUUUCACGCGCCUCUCCACCGCCGACGUCAAUACGCUCAGUCGGCGCUUGCAGCGCCAGCACUUGACAGGCGACGUCGGACAUCUGGCGCGCACGACGCUUAACUCGAUCAUGCGCGAUGUCGAGGGAUUGCGCGAGCACUUCCGCCGCCUUGUGGAGCAGGAGGCACGAACGAGGGACAAGGAGAAAGAUAAGGAGAGGGAGGACUGCGGAUCCAGCACGACCAGUGGCAGCAACAACAAAGCAGAUGGCGGCAGUGGCUCGUCGGAGAGCUUGCUUGCGCGCAGAGAGUUUUUUGCGCUGAUCAAGACGUUCAAGGAUCUAUUCGUUGAGAUCGGCAGACUGAGGACGUGCGUCAAUGAAGUACAUCUACAGCCGAGUCACGCGGCCAAGUUGCUGCAGGAACACCUUGGUCUCGAACCCAUGGAAGAGAGAGGCCUGUUGCCUGGAGCUGAGUGGCUCAGCAAGAUGUGGGCGGGUGCCUCGGCACCUCUCGGCGGUGGUGGAAGUGCUAGUGCUGGCGCUGGGGUCGCGGGUAAGGCAGGCAACACUACCUUGUCUGCCGGGUCCGGGUUGCAAGGUGCCUCAACAGGAGAAAUCGAGCGCGCCGCCGCGAACUCUCCGCUGGCUGCUACCCAAUCUUUUGCAACCAGGGCCGUGACAUUGCGCGGCGGCGCUUCCGUACGAGCUGCGCCGCGUGCCGAGGCAUCUGUUGUCUCUACCACAGCCGUUGCCGUUGCCGUUGCCGCGAACAGCGCGCCAGCGAACGAGGCUGCUGCCUCAUCCCCUUCAGGAUCGACCGACCCAUCCGAUCCGACGUCACUCAAUCAGCCGCGGCUGCGCCCCAAUCCGAAUCUCGGCCGCAAGUCGCUGACGCGCGUCCAGUCGCGCAACCUCAGCGGCCUCUUCGCGGGCUCUGUCGCCCUCUCCAGCCCGACUGCGGGCGGGUGGGACCUAGUGGACAGGCGAGAAGCGAGCAGCGCAGGUACGAGCGCAAGCGCAGCGCUCUCAGCGAACGCUAGGCUCGGAGCGGGCUUGAUUCCAAAUCGAGGUGGGCCGAUGCAGCGCCCUCUGUCGCGUAUCGUCGAUGACGACGAGGUCAGCUUGCACCACGGCAGGUCGGGGCAUGGUGGCUCAAGAGCAGAUGAUGAUGGGUUUAGAGGGGCGCUGCUGGAGCGGACCUUGCGGCCUCGUGGUCUUUCUGACUCGAGCAUCCACUCAACCUUUGUGGAACACGGUGAUGCGAGUGCCUCAGGCACAUCAGCCACGCUUGCCGCUAGCGCAGCUGCAACAGCAACCAGGCCCUCGCCCAUCUCGCGCCUGAUCACCGCGUCUAGCUUGGCAUUGCAAGUCUCUUCCUCUGGUGCACAUGCCACCGCACGGGCCAUCCGGGCCGACGAAGUGGCGAGGACGGACUCGCCGGCGUUGUCGGAGGACUCGGCGUCUACGACAGGUAUCUUCAGCGGCUUUGGUCCAAGCGCUAGCGAAGGCAAGCGAGGUGGAGACGCUGUGAACACCUCGAGCAGCAGUAGCACCGACGGCAGCAAGGCGCCGUCCAGCUCGACCGCUUCUUUCUUCCCUUCGCUCGCUUCGUUGCGGCCGACAGCCAGCUUGGCCAUCCUGGGCCUCUCGCGCACAGGCGCAGCAGGAGAAGCAACUGGAGCUCAGAGCUCGUCCACGUUGACAAACACGUCUUUCUCGACGUCCCCUUCGACCUCCGCUCACGCUUCGACGUCACUCCUCGCUCCUUCAUCGCCUGUGGACAAGCAGAUGGGGAGCAGCGCUAGCAGUACGGCCAAGGAGAUUGCGAUGCCGAGCAGGAAGGGGGCGCGCCAUGCGCGCAAGUCUUCGAUCGGAGACCAGGCACUCAGCCAGAGUUACGCUUACAAGACGAUGCAUCGCACUCAAUUUUGAUGAAAUCGAGAGCUGCGAGAGCGAUCAAAAGGGGCUUGCAUGUUCGUCAGCGUACAUGCAGUUAGUGUACCUCGUAUUUGCAAGCAAGUGGGUGCGCAAAGAUGGAGAAUGAGAGAUGUAUGAGAACACCCAUUUAGAGCGAGCCCAGCUAAGAGUACAACAACGUUAGACAAAGCAUUAGGUUUUGCUCUUGAGGUUGGUCGCACGCAUCAUUCUUUGACCGCUGCGAUGAAUUGCCUUAUCACAUCCUCUGACAGGAAACCACUGAAUUGCUUGACGCGCUUGCCCUUGUGGAAGCCAAUGACGGUGGGCACGGCGGAAAUGCGGAACGCGCCAGCGAG